AUGUUCUCAGAGGUCAUCGAGAGUGUCCCCUCCAUCCCUGGAGCUCUCUGCCUCCUCCCUUCUGUUGUCAUCGUACUUUCUGCCAUCCUCAGUCAGAAUGUCUGCUUUGCGUUGUUCACAGGGUUGAUUGUCGGAGGGACCUUGAUCAGUGCGUACAACCCGUUCGAAGGGUUCCUUCGGGCAGGAGACACGUUCCUCUACGAUGCUCUGCAAGGGGCAGACCAAGGCCUCUUGCUCUUCACCUGGUUCAUGGCGGGUCUUGUGGGUGUGAUCUCUCGCAAUGGUGGAGCUCUCGGGCUGGGCAAAGUCUUCGUGCAGUACGCGACUUCCGCGAGAAGGGCUCAGAUGAUAGCUGUGCUGGUGGGGUACCUGGUCUUCUUCGACGAUUACAGCAGCAUCCUGAUUGUUGGCCCAACGAUGAGGCCGGUGACUGAUGCGUGUGGAGUGAGCAGAGAGAAGCUCGCGUUCUUUGUGGACUCCACCGCUGCCCCCGUUGCCUCCGUAUCAAUCCUUAGCACGUGGAUCGGGUUCAAGCUCAGUGUUGCUCAGCAGCUGCUGCAGCAGAUGAAUAUUUCAGACGACGUCUUCUCUAUCCUCAUCGGAGCCAUCCCUUACAGCUUCUACCCUAUCCUGGCCAUGAGCAUGGCGAUGCUGGUCGCGGCAAUGGGGAAGGACUUUGGGCCGAUGCUCGUGGCGGAACAGCACGCAAGGAAGAAGUUCGGAGCAAAGACGGUGGACAAGGCGGCUGAUCUGGUUGACAGCAACUUGGGAUCAGAGCCUGACAUGGAGCCAGACCCUGACACGCCUCCCCGGGCCAUCAACGCCCUCAUCCCCAUCCUCUCCAUGCUCGUCGCCAUGGCCUCAGGGAUUAUCAGCUCAGGAGUCAGCCGAUACUACCAGGCGUUAGGAGACGCAGCAGCCCCGCCGUCGGCUGUUGAGAUCCUCUCGCACGCUGAGACGACGAAAGUUCUGAUCUGGUCGAGCCUGCUGGCAGACGCCAUGGCGAUCCUUCUCACCAUCGGCCAGCGCCUCCUCACCCUCGAGCAGUGCAUGGCGGCAUGGGUCGCAGGUAUCCGCUCCAUCACCGUCGGCUUCUUGACGCUCGUCUUCGCCUGGGGCAUCGGCAACAUGUCGACGGUACUGCACGUGGGCUCCUACGUCUCCUCCGCCUUCGGCCCUUCCUUCCCCAUCAACCUCCUCCCUCCUGCCGCCAUGCUCAUCUCUGCCUUCGUCAGCGUGGCGUCAGGGUCGUCAUGGGGUACGAUGGUGCUGAUGUUUCCCAUCGCUCUCCCUCUCACUGUCGCGCAUGACGGCGACGGUCCCGUGCGGGCCAACGACAGCCUGCUGGCUACCCUCGGCGCCAUCAUCUCAGGGAGCAUGUUCGGCGACCACGUCUCUCCCAUCUCCGACACCACCAUCCUAUCCUCCCUCUGCUCCUCUUGUGACCUGAUGCAGCACGUGCGCACACAAGGACCGUACGCUUGCGUUGUUGGGCUGAUCAGUCUCCUCCUUUGCCUCAUCUCCUCCUCCUCCUCUGCCAUCGUAGCGUCAAUGCUCCUCCCCAUCGGCAUCCUCCUCCUCGCUCUCAUCCUCCAUGUCUUCGGCAGCUCGGCAGAGCAUCCGCAGACUUCGACGAUACAGACGAGGAUGAAGAGCUUGAUGUCAUGGAAGAUGUUCAGACGGGCGGUGGAUGAUGAGAACGACGCGCUUGUAACGUCGCACAAACUUGCUCAGGAGGAGAUGGAGGCGAUUGAGAUGGGCAACACGCGCUCGCCGGUGUAG